GCCAUCCUGGCACACUGGGGCAUUGAUAAAGUGACGCGCAGGAGAUGGAUCCAUAUCACAUGGGUAAAUCCUCUGAGCAGUCUCUGGUUGCUUCGGAGUCCAAACCUAUUCGCGGUUAUAUAGAUGUUUGCAUCGUCUCUAGUACUCAUCAGUAGCUAUGUCAUCCUCGUACCGAUGGCAUACACUAUUGGCAUCCGGUAUGGAAUCACGAACGAGGCCAUCAUCGGGGCGUGUUUCCUACCAAACGGACUUGGAAGCAUCACCGGAGCUCUGAUUUCUGGCCGCCUGUCUGACAUUGUAGUCAGAAGAUGGCGGGAGAAGCGCAGAGGAGUGUGGUGUCCCGAAGACCGCUUGAGAGCGACAUGGAUUGGAGGGCUGUUCAUGGUCCCAUUAUCUAUUGGGGCAUCGGGGCUGAUCACGACAUAUAUUGGGGGCUCGAUCGGCCUUGCGCUGAACAUAUUGUGUCUUUAUGUGAAUGGAGUGGGGAUCGACUCGGUGUUGAAUCCCAUUAGUUCUUAUAAUGUGGAUGUAGUGCAUUCUAGAAGCGCAGAGGCCACAGCUGCUUACAUGGCGAGCAGGUGGCUCGUUAUAUCUGCUGUGACUGCUCUUGUCAUUCCAUCGGUCGAGCGCAUAGGUGUUGCAUGGACGGACAUCAUCGCGGCUAUCCUUGCGGUCAUUGGACAAGGGAUCAUUUCCUUGACGAUUCGUUAUGGCGAUCGCAUGAGGGCGAGCAUGGAUGUUGGUUUCUCGACCAUGGAGAAUAAUUGACAGAUUGAUCUUUGUUUCUCUGAAGGGAAGUAAUGUAUUAUGUGGAGCACAGACAGGAGAGCCACGCGAAUUGGUUCCGCGGGAUCAAACGUUCCGUCCUUACAUAUUGUAGAUAUGUGGAGCAAUAUACUCGUCAUCAUUGUUGAUA